AUGUCUCUCUAAGAAGCCACUAUUAUGGUAGGGGCUGGCAAUAGAAUAGGGGGUUAAAUAGUCAAUGAAAUUUACCAUUAACAAAGUAAUUAAUUUCGGAAUAUUUAGAGAAUAAAAUAGGGAAAUAUUUGAUGAAACAAGCAAUGAAUAAGAUAAAAGAGGUGAUGUAAUUCAGAAUGGCAUAAAAAAUAAGGUUAAGAAUAGCUAUGAAGAUAGAAAAAAAUAAAAUGAAUAUUUCAAAAAACCUUGUUUCCACUUCCAAUUGA